AUGGGGUGUUGGCUGGAACACAUUCAUCGACGCAAACUAGGGUGUUCGUGUACUUCCAAGGUUGAAGCGCAGUCGCUUUUGCAGGACUUGUUCGUUUUGCAUCAAAGACCGCUCCUCCACGAUCUCCGACCGAAUCCGAAGUCGCCUUCCGGCGCUGACAUCACGGACGGACCGGUUCUUCCUUGGUGCGCCGCAUUUGCCCUUGCAGUUACCCUUGCAUUUGCGUCCAUUCUAAACUUGAGGUGGCUUAAGGGGAGCACAGGAGCACGACUGAGACGUUUCGCACUUAGAGAGUGUCUGGCGUCUGUUGAGCUGCCUCGCCAAACUCGGUGUUUUUGUCAGCGUGCCUGCGGAAACCCCUUUCCUAACGGACACUUUUGGCAGCAGCUUACUCUUCGCCGCUCUUCGGCAAACAAACCUGGGAUCCGUUUUCGUCUGUGGCUGAAUUCCUGAGA